GCAAAGCUUCGUUAUUCGUCUGACGAAACAGAAAACUCUUUUGGAAGUUAAGUGAAACAAUGAUUUGGAAAGACAUUAGUGAGAUUGAUAAUGGUGAACAAUCCGUGCAACAGAAAGUGGAUUCUCAUCGCAAAUCAAAUCAUCCGAAGCUUCCGUCAACCAAAGGAUUACUAACAGUGUUUGAGAAUGCCAAUGCUAGUGUAAUGGCCACGGCUCUAAUAUCAACCCCAUUGGAUGCAAAAAAGGAUUGCGCAUACAAUGUAAAUUCAAUUGAAAGCGCAUAUAUUGACAGUAUGCAGGAUUCCGACGAAGACAUUUCGGGUUUUUCUUCCAAUGAAAGCGAUGGCAUGGAGGAUGAUUCGCUACAUUCAUCGGUCGACGAGAAGAACGAGUAUCCAAAUCAAAUAAUCAGAAAGGAUGACAUUUCAUCGUGUGCCAAAUUGAAUGCACUCGAUGUUCCUGUUAUGCCAGUUCUGAAUUUGGCCGGUACCAAACUAGGGAUAGGAGGCGGAUCCGUCGUACGAAAGAUAUUCACGAACACUCGAGAACGAUGGCGCCAACAGAACGUAUCGGGGGCGUUCGCGGAGCUACGAAAACUUGUACCAACACAUCCACCCGAUAAAAAAUUGUCCAAGAAUGAGAUUUUGAGAAUGUCUAUCAGGUAUAUUCGCCUAUUGACUAAUGUCCUUGAAUGGCAGAAGAAGCAGGAGUCUAACGACAAAACAUCAGUCGUCGAACCUUCCAAGGGAUAUCAAACGAAUAAAUGUGCCAAAUCAUCAUCACAACAAUAUCGCGGAGGAAACAAUGAAAAUCACUUCACCGGAAACUUUCGCGACAACGGAAACAACUUAUUGAUGAUGGUUCCUAAGACGCUCAACAAAGUUAAUUUACAUCAGAAGUGUUCAUCAGAAUUUGUCAACGGAAUUCAAUAUCGACCCAUCAAAACCGAAUCAACUCUUCCGUGUGUUGUAACAAUUGAUAAGAUCAAAUUAUCCAGCAAACGAUUGCCCGGAAAGGUGGGAAAGAAUAACUUGAAGAAUAAGAGAAAAAAUUCUGUCUCGUUAUGCACAGUGGCAAAUGGGAUGAAAACUGAUUCAACGUUAACUAAAUUUAACGAACCGGGAGGCGUAGAUUGUGAGAUUAAACGCGAAAUUAAUCCUUGCAAUGCUCAAGGGCAUAACCAAGCGAUGAAAAAUGUAACGGAGUUUAUGGCUGGUAUAGAGGGUAUGGAUUACGAACAAACACCGAAGAAAAAUUCCACUGAUAAUGGGAAGAAAUCGACAUAUUAAAUGUGUAUGUGUAAAAUGUUAAUGUUAAGUAAGUUAAUGUAAUAUGUAAUGGACUUCAUACAAUAAAAAUAACAAUAAGGUUUGUA